CAAAAAGUGGAAGAGGCCGUCAGGCAGACGUUCAACCGCCAUGACUUUUCCAAGAGCCUUCUAUCUGGCAUCACUCCUGGAUGGGACGUGCGCUGAAGACACUAGUUGGCGAAGAUCUGUCAGGCGCCAUGUCUCCAUUCAUGGCCAUGCCAGAAUGAGUGCCUCUUUGACAAUGGGCACGAGAUUUCAUGCAACUGUAGCCUGGGCAAUUGCAAGCCCACAGUAGUCCACGCCAGUAGCUCCAAUCUUGGACUAUGAGCCUUUGUUCCAGAAGGCUGAUGGCUACCUUCCUGGGGCUUGACUUUGUGGAGCAGCGGCAGAGCGGAAAGCUGGAGAUCCUAGGUGCAGGCUUCUCUGGGUCUGGUGCCAAGUCACUACAAAUAGCACUGGAAAAACUGGGCCACAAAAUCUACGACAUUCGCUCUAUCAUUCAGUGGGGCCAUGCAUCUGCCUGGAUUGCGACGGCCAAAGAGUUGCGAGAUGGAAAUCGCAGCCGUUUGGAGCAGAUGCUUUCAAUGCUGGAAGACUUGGGUUACACCGCCACGAUGGACUUCCCCAUGAAUCUGUUUGCUUCUGAAAUAGCUGAAACGCGGCCUUCCACCAAGGUCAUCAUGACUGUGAGGCGAGAUGAAGAAUGGGUGACUUCUUGGGCCAACAUGAAUGAUAUCCUGUCGCCGUUGGUCGUGAGACCGUGGAACUGGUUGCUGGAUUUGAAGUUCAACCAGCAGCUGCUGAAGGUGCUUUGGGACUUCGACUGGCCUUUUCCCAGCUAUCCUGAUCACAUUUGGCGACCACUCCCUUGGUUUGAGAUUGUCACCAGUCUUCCUGCCUUCGCAGCUGAGAAGCGAGAGGACUGGGUUUCUUUGCAUCGGCAAGUUCGUUUGAGGCUGGAACAGAACGUCUCUUCAAAGCGCUUCCUGGUCUUUGAAGUCCAAAGCGGCUGGCAACCCUUGUUAGAAUUCCUGGCGGUGCAUGAUGCGGUGCUUGCCAUCUCUUCGUUUCCGCACGCAAAUCAGAUUGCUGGCUUACGCGCGGCUCGAACAAUGCUUGACAUGAUUGCAGUAACCUUGCCGCUCUGGUUAAUACUUGCAGUAUGGCUGCUUCCACGGCUGAGUGUGAAGCUUUGCUGCUGCUUCAUCCGCUGGACACCAAGAUUUAACGUGGCCAGGAGGAUUUGGCGGUGGAAGCAUCCGAAGAGCAAGACCCGGUGAGAAUGUUAAGAGGGAUUCCACAGAGGCGUGACGUGUGUUCCUCCUGAAGGUCCCAAGUUCCACCUUCCGUCCUUUUUGAGUGCCAGGGGAAGUUCCACAAGGAGCUGAGACUCUUCGACUCGACGCCCUGUGGAGGUCGUGGAUUGUUUAGUCUCACCUUGCCUCCGCGGCGUUUGUUGCCUGUUUGCAUUGGGGGUUGACUUGGCUUUGCCAACUUCCACAAAGGAAGACCUCGAAGCAAACGAAGUGGUAGUGAGGCAAACGUUUGAGGAAGAUGACACCUAGUAGCCUUCCGUCCGCCUCAGUAGUCAGUAGAUAGACAUUUAGUUUAGUUGUGCAUGUCAGUGAACAUCGCCCAGACCUCGCUUGAAAAAGA